CCAACACCGACGAGCGAUCAUGGCUGAAGCACAAAAAGAUCCCUACAAUGAGCGCGAUGCGGGCCUGCUGCUCGUGUUCAGCGACCCGGGCAAGGAUGCCACGGUCGAUGAGUUCCAUGACUGGUACGACAACGAGCAUGUCCCGCUGCGCAUCUCGCGCUUUCCCGAGUUUCUCACUGCGGCCCGCUAUGCUGUGCCCUCGUCAUCAUUUGUCUCGUCGACGAGCGACGACGCGCGCGCAUUCUCGGCCAAGUGGGCCGCUGCAUACACCAUCUCCUCCAACGCCCUGUACAAGGACCCGGCGUACACGUCGCUGCGCUCGCAGCGGUCCCCGCGCGAGGCCGAGCUCCUUUCGCGCGUUGCUGUCCUUGACCGCCGCAUCUAUCGGCUCGUCUAUGACAGCUCCGCCGAGGGCGCCCUCGACACGACGACGGACAGCCGCGACGGCCUGGGCCCUGCCCCCGCCGAUCUUCGACCCAGGACCAAGGCCGACGUGGAGUCCGAGGCAAAGUUCGUAGUGGCCACGAGCGUCACGCCUGCCGAAGAAAACAAGGCAGCGUAUGACGAGUGGUACGUCAAGGAGCAUGUGCCGAUGCUGAAAAAGGUCCCGGGGUGGAAGCGCACGAGGCGCUUCGAGCUCGUCGACGCCCUCAUCAACGGACGAGACGUCAGGCCGGACAACCAGGACGGAAAGGAGGUGCCCCUGUGCCUCGGUCUUCAUGAAUACGAGAACGGCGACUUUGAAUCAACGCCGGAAUACAAGGCAGCGCUCGACACGCCCUGGCGGACCAAGGUCAUCGAGGGUGGCAUUGUCCGGAGGGAACGGAGGGUGAUGCAGCUCCAUCGGGCCUGGGAUGCAGAGACUGCUCUCAAGGCCGGCCCUGCCUCCUGAUCAGUGAUGUACGAUUUUCAAGCGUAGUUGCAGAAGAUCGAGUCAAGAACAUGUACUUCAUCGCUCAAAAAUCAUCUACAAAGCCUCAGAGAGGUGCAGAUAGUAGGAACAAGGAAAAGAAAGGGUGAAGAGAGGGCG